AGAUUAAAAUUUGAAACUGGCGGUUGUUUGUCACAGUUGACGUGCAACAGUUUAAAUUAAAAGUUAGCUAACUUGUAUCUGGAAGAAAAAUUAACGGGGGGGCUGAAGAUGACGACCGACAGUGAGCUGGGAAUCAAAGAGGCCUUUGAGAGGGCCCAGAAGGGACACCAAAACAAAGCGAAGCUCGUGGCUGCACUGAAGAGCACGUACAACAAGCUGGAAGAUAAAUCUGCCUUCCAUGAAGAGUUUGUGCAUUAUCUGAAGUAUGCCAUGAUCGUGUACAAGCGGGAGCCUGUGGUGGAGAACGUGAUGGAUUUCGUCUCCAGGUUCGCCACCUGCUUCGACAUCCCUGGCAGUAACGAGGAGGCCGCUGAGGAGGAGGAGGAGGAGGAAGAAGUAGACAACCCCUUCCUGAACUAUUUGUUUAACUUCCUGCUGGAGUCUCACAACGCCAACAGUCACGCGGUGCGCUUCCGCGCCUGCCAGCUCAUCAACAAGGUGCUGGGGAGCAUGGCGGAGAACGCGCAGAUCGACGACGACCUCUUCGACCGGAUCCACGAGACCAUGCUGGUCCGCGUCACCGACAAGUUCCCCAACGUCCGCAUCCAGGCCGCCCUCGCCAUGGCCCGGCUGCAGGAGCCUCAGAACCCCGACUGCCCCACCAUCGCAGCCUACAUUCUGAUCCUGGAGAACGACUCCAACCCCGAGGUGAGACGGGCCGUGCUGUCCUGCAUCGCCCCCUGCGCCCAGACCCUUCCCAGAAUCCUCAGGCGCACCCGGGACGUGAAGGAGAACGUGCGCAAGCUGGCGUACCAGGUCCUCGCUGAGAAGGUGCACAUCAGGGCCUUGUCCAUCGCUCAGAGAGUCAGCCUGCUGCAGCGGGGGCUCAACGACGCCUCAGCUGCAGUGAAGGAGGUGGUCCAGAGGAAGCUGCUCCCGGCCUGGCUGAAGCUGCUGCAGGGGGACGUGCUGGAGCUGCUGCACCGGCUGGACGUGGAGAACAGCCCCGACGUGGCGGCCUCCGCCCUCAGCAGCGUCUUCACCCUGUGGACCCCCGAGGAGCUGCUGCAGGACCGCGUGCAGCUGGACGGCAGGAAGCUGAUCCCGGUGGAGAGCCUGACCUGUGAGAAGGUCCUGUACUGGAGAGCGCUCUGCCAGUUCGCCAAGUCCAAAGGAGACGAAGGGGAGGACAUGCUGGAGCAGCUGCUGCCCGAGGCAGCCGUGUUCGCUGAGUAUCUGUACGGGUACCUGCAGAGCAUCCCUGUUCUGACCGAGGAGGAGAAGGCCGACUUCAGCAAGGUGGAGCUGGCCAUGACCAAAGAGUUCGUUGGGCAGGAGCUGGUCACGCUGGUGGGCUGCCUGGACACCGAGGAGGAGGGGGGAAGGAAGAGGGUUCUGGCCGUCCUGCAGGAGAUGCUGGUGCUCCCCAACACCCCCACGGCUCUGGUAGCGCUGCUGGUGGAGAAGCUGGUUUCCCUCCUGAAGGACGACGACCGCAGGAUCCAAGUCGUGGCGGAGAUCAUCUCUGACGUGCGUGAGCCCAUCGUGCCCGUCACUGACCCCAUCGACGAGAACGAAACCAGGCGGAGGCAGGUCCGGCUGGCGGAGGUGAAGGUUAAGAUCUUCGAGGCCAAGCAGUCGCUGGAGGAGUGCAUCGCCGCCCAGGAGUUCAGCCACGCCUCGGAGCUGAAGGACACCAUCACCGAGCUGGAGAACCUCAAGAACCAGCUGAUGAGGGACGCCGAGCAGCCCGACAUGAAGGAAGUCCGCGUGGAGAAGCCCCCUGUCUAUAACAGCCAGGGAAGUUCUCCCGAACCGUCAGCGCUUUCCACCUCGGAGAUGUGUGUACACAACCAAGAGAGCGGAAUAAUCGAGCGAGCGGCUAAUAAUGACCCGGAGAAUGAUCCAGAAACCUUGCUGAAAUGCCUGACAAUGUGCUCGGAGCUCCUGAAGCAGAUGUCCAUUAAGAAAGGCAUUGGACCCACAAUGAACGCCAUCCUUGAGUCUUUGGUCCUGCCUGGCAUCGCCAGCGCUCACCCCGCCGUGCGCAACAUGGCCGUCAUCUGCCUGGGCACCUGUGCCCUGCACAGCAAAGACCUGGCCAACCGCCACCUGGUGCUCCUGCUGCAGAUUGCCCAGCUGGACGAGCCCAAGAUCCGGGUGAGCGCUCUGAAGGCCGUGAUCGACCAGCUGCACCUCAACGGCUUCGACGUGGUGAGAGAGACGCCCCCCCAGCCCCCGGCCCGAGACUCGGGCUCAGAGGACUCGGGCUCAGAGGACGGCGGCCGCCCGGCUGGAGGCCCGACAGAGGAGGCGUCCCAGGGGCCCGAGGGCGAGGGCGAGAACACUGCUCAGAGCGUCCUCAGGAUGCUGUCCGAGUUCCUGGACAGUGAGAUCUCUGACCUGAGGACGGAGGCGGCGGAGGGCCUGGCUAAGCUCAUGUACUCCGGGAGGCUGUGCAGCGCCAAGCUCCUGUCCCGUCUGGUGCUGCUGUGGUACAACCCCGUGACCGAGGACGACACGCGCCUGCGCCACUGCCUGGGGGUGUUCUUCCAGCUGUACUCGCGGGACAGCAGGGCCUAUCAGGAGUGUCUGGAGGAGAGCUUCCUCCCGACCAUGCAGACGCUGCUCAACGCCCCCGCUACGUCCCCGCUGGCCGAGGUGGACGUCUCCAACGUGGCCGAGCUGUUUAUCGAGCUGACCAGGCCGGACGCCCUGGCGCAUCCCAGCAAGGACGCCGGCUUUCAGGACGUCUCUGUGCACGACUCCCUGGCCGUGCGCCUGAGCAACGAGAUCCUGAGGGACCCCUCGGCCCCUGAGGUGCGCCUGUACGCCAGGAGCCUGAGCACCCUGCAGCUGAGCACCGAGGACAGCACGGCCAAGAAGGACGUGCUGCUGCUGCUGGAGGAGGUCCGGCAGGAGGUCAGUGACAAGAUAAGUCUGCGAGCGAUUGAGAAAGUGCUGUGUCAGCUGAAAGUGGGUCCUAAGGACAGAAGCGGUGUGCCCCAGGAUAACGCCGGCCCGGAGCAGGCCUUGGAAGAAACGGAAGGCCCAGAAGAUGGACAGACUUGCGAGGAGCACCUGACAGCCAGCAAAAGGCCCAAGCGAGGUCAGAGAAAAACAACCACAGCCAAAGUGGCAAAAUUCAGCAAGGGUAGGGAGUCGUCUGGCGACAGUGAUGGGGAAAAUGUCCCAGAAGCCCCUACUCCUGUCGCCAGGCCAUCUCGACGGGCAAAAAGUACGGCGCUGCAGAGGACCAAGAUGGAUCUCACCGCUCUGAUAAACCAGGAAGUAGAUGGAUCCGAAUAGCCUCUAUAAAUGUCGCCAUGUGCUUUUUCUAUGUGUGUGUGUAUGCGUGCAUGUGUGUACAUGCGAGCUUGCUUGUACUGCAUGUAAACCUUUUACUUGUAUGACUCAAUAAAGGACCAGUUCUAACGGGAA